AUGGCGGAUGUUUACCAAUGGCGCAGAAGAAUCCAGCCUGGUUUUCCAAACACACUCCUGCCUGUCGGCGAGCAAGAUGAGGCGGAGCCAGACAUCAGGAGUGGCUUUGGCUCGUCUCGCAAGAAGGUGCGACCCAAGAUCAGCUCCUACUUCUCCCAUCGUGGACCGUCCACAACUCAUAGCAGAUCCUCCGUCUGGUCUGCCGACCAACGUUCUUCUUUUAAGGAAACCAUAUCCUCCCCGUAUCAAACUUGGCCUGAAGGAUGCGAGCCCGACCCAGAUCAGAUCAUGGACUCCAUCAUGCGCACUCUGAUAGCCGAGCCAUACCGUCCCCUAGACGUCAAGCACAACUCGCCCCUGUUGAUGAUCUUUGAAGGCUUUCGCAACCUUCGCGAUGAGAACUCUUCUCUUCUGCGAAAACUGAAGUACGAAGCUGAAACUCGAUUCGAAUCACGUCAUGAACUGGAACUCGAACGACAAACAUGGCAGCGAGAAAGAGAAGAGUACAAAGCCGAGGUCAAGAGACUCGAACUGAUCAUCUCCAAGCAAAAGGAAGGAGUCGCAGAAGUGAUGCGCGCCAGACAAGGCAGUUUGCUGGGCAGAGAACACAGACGACGCACUGCUUCUAGUGUAUACACAAGCAGAGAUGACCCAAGAGAGACUGUCUUCGAAUUUCUUGAGAGGACAAGGAUCGAAGAUGAGAGAAAGCAGGAAGCAGCCAGAAAGGCACAGAGAGGUUGUGAUUUCGAAUCGCCCCCUAGUCCUCAAGAAUUCACAAGUCUUUCUCAGGCCUCAAUAUUUGAGAUGCUCGCUGGACGACCUUCCCUCUCCGACACAGACUCAUCAGAGAACGGUUCUACUCAACAGGACCAACAUGUGGAGACGGCCGACGGUGAUGGAGAAGAAGAAACGGGUUACUCCAAUCUCAACAAAUCCCUUCUGAGAGAAAACGGCAGCUUUGAGAUUGAGCAUCAGCCAGCUCAAUAUUUCAACUUGCGCACGCCGUCACUCGAAUCAGACAGCACGGAACAGCCGAUGUCUCGCACUCCUAGGACUCGUCCAGAGUCACUUCUUUUGAUCCAUACACGAAGGUUUUCCUUCGAAUACGACGACGAGGUCCCUUCCGCCCAAGUCAAGACACAACACGCAGUAAACUCUCCUCUCCAGAGAAGCAUGUCUGCAGGCUACUUUCCUUCGAAGCAGGCAUCUGUAUCUCCACGUGAUAUUUCCAGCACGUUGGCUUCAGACAGUCUUGUUUCAUCCCCUGUUGCAAUGUCUGUGAUGGAAUCUCCGGGCAUAUCUAAGAUACCUAGUCCGGUGUUCGAUCCGUCCUUGGCAAGGCCGAGAAGAGAAGAUUCAUCGUCAAGCUUCCUUACCGUUAUCAGAGCCCCCGAAGGCGGAUCAAACCACAGCAGAGCAACGUCUAGAUCGAGCAAUCCUUUGGACAGUCCUCACCUAUCGUCGAGUCUUCGAGGCAGCGGUAACUCUGCCACUAAUCAACGCAACUCUGGACGUUAUGGAAGCAUGCACGAUGUGAGCAUGGCUGUCGCUGCCGCCCGUGCUGCUGUUCCUUCCGAUUCGCCAAAGCCAGUAGCAGAGUUACGUGCCUCGUAUCACGCCAACGCAUAA